GUGCCCCAACCCGGCUCCCGGCCAGUCCCCUGGCCCAACCCUACUGCGGCACUGCCCCAGUCACCUUGCGCCCUCGGACCCCGAGUCCCGGCCCGGACGUCCCCACUCCAUUCCGGGCCUCGCUGCCCCGCGCCCCUGGAGUGAAGGCAUGACCCCUCGGACUCUCCAAGUGGGCGCUGUCCCUCUCCCACCCUCUGCGCUUAUAUUUUUACUAUUUUGAGGUUUGAGGUUUUUACUACUUUGUUAAAGAGAGUAACACCCACCAGGAGGCCACGGGGCAUCCUUCUUCCGCCAAGGAUUCUUCUCAGGAACCCCAGGAAGUGGGUGCUGAGCCCCCCAGGUCUGGAGGCGGACGGGUGGGCACUAGGCGGGGGGCUCGGCCCCACAAAGUGAAGCCGGCUCCAGAGACCCUCGCGCCCCAACUCCUCCUGACACCCUCGGGCACUUAGCCGUCCAGGUCCCCCGGGGCGCCGGCCUUGCCGGGUUGGACGCACGUUGACACGGUUGUCGCUUUACAGAAACUGAGCCAGGCGGGGUAGAGCUCGGACUCAGAGAUAGAGAUGGAAAAAAUGCGUAUGUAUGCUUUAACAUAUUUGCAUAGUUAGGUGUUUCGUAUUUCUAGUGCACAUGAAUGGCACAAAGGCCGCGCGCCUCGCACGCCCGGCGCGUGGUCUUCGCCCGCCGGAUGUUGACGGCGUCGCCUAGCAACGAGAGAUGGCGGAGCCUGACGGCGGGGCCCGCGGGUCUCACCCAGAAGGCCGAUCAUCUUCUGAAGGAGAAGAAGGCCAGAAUGACGGAGGCAUCAGGGUAUCACCAGUAGCGGGGAGCAGUGACCAGAGAAAUGAAGAAGCGGAGGGUACUCCAGAACACUCUGGAGGAGAAAUCGAAAAAGAUGGGGAAGCCACAGCCCAGGAGGAGGCUGAUGACGAUGAGGAAGUCGAAAUCCAAGAGGAAAAGGAAACCAAUGGCGAACUCGAAUUUGAAGAGGAAUUAGAAUCUGGUAUGGAAACCCCGUCCUCUGAAGGGAAAGUCAGUUCCACAGACGUGGCUUACUCCGACAUCAGCCCUGGCGAGGUUCCUGGAGAUGAAGUCGGCCCCACACGCCUACAUGACAGAGCAAGGGGGAAAGCGAGUCUUGAAGGCAGAGAGGGCCCCGGCUCAUCCCAAUCCGGAGGACCGGGGGUCACCUCCACAGAGCCCUCCCAGCGAGCUUCAGGCUCACCCGAGCAAGUGGACCAGGAGUCGGAAGCGCCCCUCUUUCCUCUGGGGCAGCAGCACCGCCGGGAACACAGCCAGGGGAGCCGCUACGCGUCCGUGGACUUGGACCAGCCGUCUCCGGGCGUGGAGGGCCCCUCCGCACAGGAGCCAGAGCCCGCUGCCCCCCCCGGAGAAGGAGCUGCGCCCUCCUUCCUGGACAGGAUCCAGCAGCUAAGCAUGGCGGAGGAAGGGGGCCUGGGGGAGAGAGUGGAGUCUGAGGGCAGCGACGAGGCCGAGGAAGACAGGUCCCAGCUGGUGGUUUUGGACCCAGACCACCCCCUGAUGAUUAGAUUCCAGGCUGCCCUGAAGAACUAUCUUAACCGGCAGAUAGAGAAGCUGAGGCUGGAGCUUCAGGAGCUGGGCGUGGCCACCAAGCAAGGCCGAGUCCAGCGGCAGGAGCUGGGGGUGGACCUCUACGGGGUCCAGCAGCACCUGGCCCGCCUGCAGAUGCAGCUGGAGAAGAGCCACGACCGCCACUCGACCGCCGCGUGCGCCAGGCGCCAGAAGGAGGAGGAGCUGCAGAGCGCGCGCCUGCUCUACGCCAAGACCUGCGCCGCCGCCGGCGAGGAGCGCAGACAGCUGGCGGCCCUGCAGACGGAGGUGGAUACCCUGGCUCUGCACCUCUUCUACGUGCAGAACGUGGACCAGGACGUGCGUGACGACAUCCGUGUGAUGAAGCAGGUGGUGAAGAAGUCGGAGGCCGAGCGGACGCGGGCCGAGCUGGAGAAGCAGCAGCAGGACCUGCACGUGGACCAGCUCACCGUCCGAGCCAACCAGCUGGAGGAACGGACCGCCCUGCUCGAGGCUCAGUACCGCGCGCAGGCCGAGGACACCCGGACGCUCAGGAAAGCAGUGAGCGAGGCCUGCGCAGAAAUAGACACCAUCAACGUGGAGAAGAGGCGUGUCCUGCAGCAGUGGGCCUGCAGCCUGCUGGGCAUGAAGCACCGCGACGAGGCCCACAGGACCAUCCAGGAGGCGCUCAGUGAAUGCCAGCACCAAGUCAAGUCCAUGGACGGCGAGCUCGAAGCCUAUAAGAAGUCCAUCAUGAAGGAGGAAGAAAAGAACGAGAAGCUGGCCAGCAUCCUGAACCGGGUGGAGACAGAGGCCAGCCUGAUGCAGAAACUGAUCUCGCAGGGCCUGGCCAAGGACGAGGCCCUGCAGAACGAGUUCAGCACCUACAGGCUCACCCUGCUGGACACGGAGGACGCACUGGGCAAGGCCCACGUGGAAUACACGGCGACCCUCGGCGAAUUGCAGACUCUCCAGCAGACCGUCCGGCACGAGGUGGAGCAGAGGAGGAAGAUGGAUGUCUGCAUCGUGGAGAAGCUGCAGGAGCACAUGACCUCCAACAAGAUGACCAGGCACUUCCACCAGCUCAUCCUGAAGCUCCAGAAGGAAAAGACCAACCUGGUGACACAUCUUUCCAAAAUUGAUGGCGACAUUGCUCAGGCCACCCUGGACAUCACAAACACCAACUGCAGGCUGGACAUGCACCGGAAGACACUGGCCGAGCUGGACACGGAAGUGAAAAAAGUCAACGACCUCAUCACCAACAGCGAAAACGAAAUCUCCAGGCGCACGACCCUGAUCGAGAGGAAACAAGGCCUCAUCAACUUCCUCAACAAGCAGCUGGAGCAGACGGUGUCGGAGCUCGGGGGGGAAGAAGUGGGGCCCCUGGAGCUGGAGAUCCAGAGGCUGACCAGACUGCUGGAGGAGCACGACGCGAGCAUGACGCAGGCCCAGGUGGCCUGGCUGCGGCUGCAGCAGGAGAUGGUGAAGGCCACGCAGGAGCGCGAGGAGCAGCUGGUCUCCCUGGACAUGGCCAAGAAGGAGCUCCACAUCCUGGAGCAGAAGCAGCUCAGGAUCGAGAACAAGAUUGACCAGGAGAAGAAGGAGCAGAAGCAUCUCCAGCGCCACAUGAGGGACCUGGACACCGACCUGAAGAAGCUCAACGUGCUGAUGAACAGGAACCGGUGCAGCUCCGAGGAGCUGCGGCAGGACAACCUGGCCACCGAAAGCGAGUUCGUGCACUCGCUCAGGGCCUCCGAGCGGGAGACCGUGGAGAUGCAGGAGAGGCUGAGUCAGCUCGGCGAGGAGAAGGCGGCCUUGCUCAACAGCCUGGUGGAGGCCGAGCACCAGAUCAUGCUUUGGGAGAAAAAAAUCCAGCUGGCAAAAGAGAUGCGUGCCUCAGUGGAUUCUGAGACGGGCCAGACGGAGAUCCGGGCCAUGAAGGCUGAAGUCCAAAGGAUGAAGGUCAAGCACGGGCAGCUCCUGAAGCAGCAGGAGAAGAUGAUCCGGGACAUGGAGCUGGCUGUCGCCCGCAGAGAAACCAUCUCCACCCGGGCCGAGGGGCAGUGCAAGUUGGACAAGAAGCUGCUCACCCGGACGGACUUCCACCACAAGCAGACCGAGCUGCGGCGGAAGAUCAGGGACAUUCGCAAGGCCACCGAGGAGGGCAGCCAAGCCAUCCUGGAACUGGAGGAAACUCAGAAAAGCGUGAGCGACUCCCUCCUGGAGAAACAGGAGCAGCUGUCGAGGAUGCAGCCCGAGGGGGACGAGCUCGAAGCCGACCUGGAGAGGCUGGCGGCCCUCAAGCAGCAGAACCUUUCCACGCUCGUGGCCCUGCAGACGCGCGUUAAGCAUCUGGAGGCCGUGAAGGAUGGGCGGUACGUGUUCCUGCUCCGCAACAAGCCAAUGCUGCUGGCUGAGCUCAAGCGUCUGGACCACCGGCUGGCCAGCAUCAACGCCAUCCUCCACCACGUGAAGGACGAGUACCCCCAGUUCCAGGAGGCCCUGCUCAAAGUCAGCCGUUCCAUCAGCAACAGGCUGGAGUCACCUUGGCCCUAGAGAGCCGCCUGAAGCCCACCUCCCGGCCCCCAAGUCCAGCCCUCUGUGUCUUAUCAGGGACCUCAAAUCUUUCUGUAUCACCAGAAGCCACCUCUACCCUCCAAGAACGACACGGCUUAAGAGAAAUAGACGGCCAGCACUAUAGGAAUUGUAUCUUUAGCCACCCAGCAGUGUAAACCAAGUCAGCUCCCAACAUUUCCAGUUACAUUUAGGUGCGGCUUUCAUUUGCAAAAGCAGUGCCUGUGAAGGCAAACCCAUGUUCCAACGGCUUACUGGUCCGAGUAAAACUGGAAACCCAGGUCUCUGCUCCGGCACCCACUCCCAGCUCCAGUUAAAUCCAGAUUCACAGCUCACAGGAGUAAGUCCAAAGGGACAUGACCCCCGGGCUGUGUCGGUGGAGGCCUGACAUCUGAGAUAAGAGUGUCCAGCCACAUGAACAUGAGCCCCCUCCUGGCCUGUCCCCUUGUCCCACAGCCCUUGUCCACCCGAGGGCUCCUUCGCCCACUGAUUCCUGAGUACCUGCUACCUUGUGGCUUCUCUGAAGCUGAAAGGGAAAAUGUUCUACAAAAUAAUUUCACAUUUUUCAGCAGGAAAAUAGAUUUUUUUUUCUGAA